GUACAUGAGCAGCGCCAGCCUUUCUCAAAAUCCCCAGCUGAUGCUGCCUCAUUCUCUCGCGGAGAAGAUUGAUUUCCCGAAUGGCUUGAAGCCUGCUGAGCGUAGAUGGUUGUCUGAUGAUGUGAUUAAGGAGUUUCGCAAAACAGCAAAGAUCACUGGUUCUGAACCAUGGAGACUUUUCGAGGCGCAGCAGUGGCUGCAGACUUUGCGCGACGAAAAUGAAAGCAAAGUCACAAAGCAGCCACCCCAGCUACAGAUGGUCUUGGAGCUGGGCGCGACUGCAGAUGUCGGCGAGUUGCCUGACUACUCUGAUUUGUUCAUUCCUGAUGACCCAGCGCCCCGGCGCGUGCAAGUGGCCCUACGAAAGGGUAUGAAGCGGCCGGCUGCAGCGCGUCCACCGCAUGUUUUGAAAAGGCCAUGCAUGCGACGACCUGCAGCCAGUGACCAUGAAGCGCCUGUACCUGAAGUUCAAGCGGAACCGGCUGAGUCUGAGGCUGUCUUGGACGGUGAUCAGGGUGAAGCGGCAGAAGAAGCUCCCGCCGCACCAGAGCGAGCAGCGGCUUGA